UUAAACGCAGCCUUACUUUUGACAGUCCCAGCACAUUUCAACUUCCCAACUUUGUACCACAUUGCACAACAUUAGAUACUAGUCCUAAUUAUUUAUAUUAGUCUUAGUUUAUUGAAACCAUUUUAGUUUUAACGUAUAGAAAAUAUGUCGUGUCCGUGGGCAAAAAUCGAUAAGCCAGAGCCUAUGAAUUUGCAGGAAAUCAUGUCAGAAGAAGUCGCCAAAGACUUACAAGCAAAAGAAGAAAAAAAAUACAUGAAAAACAUGAAAUUGGACGAGAGUGUUGUUGAAGCCAUACAGCAACAAGAUGAAAUCCCUGAAGAAGUGUUGAAAGCAAUUUCUAAUGAUUCCUAUGAAAGUGAUGAAAUGAUUGCAAAAAUGCUCCAAAUGCAAUUUAAUAAAGAAUAUGAUGAGAUGUUAAAGAGGACAGAAGAUAAGUUCAAUGGAGCAUCAAAAGUUUCUAUAUCACUUGAAAAUUACCGUAGAGUUCCUCGUGAUUUUGAUUUUGAAAGUGAUUCAGAACCAGAAGAAGUUGUUGAUGUUAGGGACAGAAAAGAUUGGGACAGAUUUGACACACUGAAAAGGCAAAUGGACUCAAUUCCAAGACAGGGAUACAAAUUCAAUAGUGAUGGCAGCAUGGUCACCAAGCAUGAUGUUGAUAUGAGUGGCAGAAGAAAUGCCUGCAAAUUGUUACAUUUUCCUCCAGAAUUCCAAACUGGAGAUGGAGAAGAUUUUGAUUUGAAAUUGUCCAAUAAAGUCUUCAACAGUCUAAAAAUGCAUUCCAAAAAUGAACAGCAAAGACGACACAAAGUCAAUGACAAAAAGGAAGACCAAGCAACCAGUGAGUUCGGUAUUGAUCAGUUUACUCGUUUGUUGCUAUACAAGAUGAUCAACAAACAACUUCUCGAGCGUGUCAACGGCGUAAUUAGUAUAGGUAAAGAAGCUGUGAUACUUCACGCAGACAGCGAUCCGAAUUAUCCAUACAAAAGUGUGCCCCCAGAAUGCGCCGUUAAAGUAUUCAAAACGACCCUGUCCGAAUUCAAACAGCGCGAUCAAUACAUCAAGGACGAUCACCGUUUUAAAGACCGAAUGGGCAAUCAAACUGCUAGAAAAACGGUGAAUUUGUGGGCGGAAAAGGAAAUGGCAAAUCUGACGAGACUAAUGAAGGCAGGCGUCCCUUGUCCUCAAGUUGUGGAACAGAAAAAGCACGUGUUGGUCAUGUCGUUCAUUGGCAUGAAUCACAAUCCUGCUCCAAAGCUUAAAGAUGCCAGACUGUCAGAAGCAGAAUACAUAGUUGCUUAUGAUGAGGUGACUGAAGCUAUGAAAAACAUGUAUGAAAAAGCGAAUUUAAUACAUGCGGAUUUGUCUGAGUACAAUAUUUUGUGGUAUCAGAAACAGUGCUAUUUUAUAGAUGUUAGUCAAUCUGUGGAGCCUAACGUUUGUAAUGCGUUUCAGUUCUUGAUGAGAGAUUGCCACAAUAUCUCAAAUUUCUUCCACAAGAAAGGUGUUCCUGAAAUUAAAACUCCUGACGAAUUAUUUAAACACAUUGUUGGCUGUGAUUAUACAGAUAAAUUAGCUUUGGCGUCUCUACAAGAGUCAUUUAAAAUGAAGCCCCAUUUAGUAGAUAAACCAGGCGUUAAUUUAACAUACAAUUUCGACACUGCCUGGGAAAAAGCGAAGAAUGGAGAAAUUCCGGUUAUCAAAACUGAAGAAGGACCACUAAGUGAUCAAAUACCAGUAGCUGAACCAGUUCAAGCUUAAUAUUAAUUCAAAUUGUAAUUCUCAGUUUUGAUACUCAACGUUUAUAUAUGAAAUUUGUUGAAAUUGUAAAUAUACAAAAUGUGUUUGUUACAGGAUAAUUUAUUCAAAUAAAAUUACUGACA